AUGCACCCACAGUACCACGACGAUGAAGAGAAUCCCAGCCCCGACAUCCCAGUCCUGACCGACGAAGAGCAAGACAACGACGCCGUAAGCCGAGAUUUGCACAUCCGCUCCGCCUCGCCCUCCGAGGCCUCCCCAAGAUCACCUGCGCUCCCUAUUCCGCUCUGGCUCCGCGAUGCCUCGCAGUCAUUCAGAUACAAAUGGAUACCCCCAUCUGUACGAAAAGCCUCCCGGGCCGUAGUGACCUGGGUCAAAGGGCCCGUGCCGCCGCGAACACUCCGGAUCGAGCCUAUCUUCCCCAAGAUCCAACGAGCGCCGAUCCGCUUACUGGACAAAUAUGCGCCUCGGCGGAAACAGCGCAUCUUACUCCUAGUCAUACUGUACGCAUGCUGGUUCCUGACAUGGUCUCUGAUGCUGCGACACCACGCGACAUCGGGCUUCAUCAGGGGCUACGGCAAACCGCAGAAUCUAUGGUGCGGCGCGAGUUUCUGGGAAGAAGGCGACGGAUGCGGACUGAACGGGAACCAAUGUCGGCCAUUUUCCUCGGCGCAUUUGGCAUUCCGAUGUCCCGCCAACUGCAAAUCCACACAUUUGCUGGAAGAACGAUUUGUCGGGAACAAAUCGUUGCGAUACACGGGGUUGGUGGUCGGCGGGCCCGAUCCUGACGUUCCGGAGGAAGAAAUCGACAGAGAAUCAAACCAAACAGCAUCCAGAUAUCCAAUCUACCGCGGCGACAGCUUCAUUUGCCAAGCAGCGAUCCAUGCCGGCAUCACAACCGACGCCAAUGGAGGAUGCGGCGUCGCCACGCUGGUAGGCUCACACAGCCAUUUCAAAUCCAGCAAGGCGAACGGGAUAGAGAGCGUCGAAUUUCCCGCGACAUUUCCACGCUCGUAUACGUUCCAACGCCUGCCCGCGUCCCAAGAGAAAUGUCCGACGGAUUCGCGCUGGCCGCUAUUCGCCGUGACGGCAGUCGCAUUGGUGAUAUUAUCGCUGUUCACGACUUCGCCGGCCGUCUUCUUCUUCAGCACGUUUGUCAUCAUGUUUCUGCACGUCGGCCUGGUUUCGGAUCCACCCAACACGGCCAACUUUGCUGAGGCUAUCAGCAAGUUGAUGGAGAGACUGCUCCCUGCCGCAUUUGUGUCAUACAUUCUCUACCGAACUUCUGCACUACCCUUGUUACGGGGUUUGGACGCCCAGAUCGAAAAGACUGUGCUGUACCUUGGCUUUUGCUUCAUCGGCGCGUUGAACAACUACACUUUUGCCCUCCUGAUCCCAAUCGAGAGAUUAACUCCUCAUGAUCUGGAACAACCGGGCGCGACUUUAGCCCUGGCCAUUAUUGUUUCAGUGAUCGUGGUGAUUAUCGCAACUCAGAUCCACUGGAUCCGCGUGUCGGGCAAUAUGCCGCGCUAUCUCGCCAUCUACGCAAGCAUGGGACUGGCACUCAUUAUUUUGCUAUUACUUCCAGGAUUCCGCCUCCGGAUCCAUCAUUACAUCUUGGCGCUGUUGUUCAUGCCCGGCACGGCGUUCCAGGUUCGUCCAAGUCUAAUCUACCAGGGCUUGUUGCUGGGUCUGUUUGUCAACGGUAUUGCCCGCUGGGGAUUCGAUUCUAUUAUUCAAACUCCCGUCGCUCUCGGUGAGACGCCCGGUCACGGCGGCUCGUCGUGGUGGGGCGCAACAUCGCCCAAUGUCACUGCCGUGGUGAAUUGGGCGGGUGUCAAGCCAUCAAAUAUAACAUUCAAUUGGGGUCCGUUGCCAAAAGACAAGGGUGUCGAUGGCGUCAGUAUUUUGGUUAAUGAUGUCGAGCGCUGGCGUGGAUAUGUCGAUGAUGAACUCUAUUGGUAUCAGGAGGGUGUUACUUUGCCCCGCUUGAGGCGGCAGACUAGGUCGAUUCCUGGUUCCUCUUCAGGGAUCGGACAGAGCCGGACACUAGAACCCAAGGGCCAAAGCAGCAGCCGCAGGAGAAGAACAAGACGACAAGAAGAGGAUGGGAAAGAUCAUCUUGGUCUUUUGGGAGUAGAUGCCCUCAGCAGCAGCGAAGAUGUUGGCAACGCAGAGGUAGAAGAGAGCAAUACACCCUUGGAUGUGAGACCAGAUCUAACGGCCGAGGAAAGCGGUCAUGAUGAUCAUGACACCGAUAUUGGAUACGGUCCCGGUCUCGCCGAUGACGAUGGUGAUGAUUUGCAGACCUCGUCCGCGGACGCAGCAACGUCUUUGGACUCGGAACCCGAAUUCUUCAGGUUCGCUUGGGUCAAAGGCAGCUCCGCGGGACGGUACAGCAAUGUGGGCGUCUGGGAUGAAAACGGCGUGUGGCAUGAUAUCCCUCCGUCGUCUUCGUCGUCUUCAUCUCUAUCUUCAGAUUAG